AUAGAGAAGAUGAUUCCAAAAUAAGAGUUUAUUUCUUCUUGCGGCAAGUACUUAAGGACAUUAUUUUAACCGAACAUGAUCAAUAUUUCAUUACGUUGAAUUGGAUCAAGAAGGUUUCCUUAUGAAAUGCGGAUAUUUAAUAACUUUGGUUAAAGAACUUAUGUAAAUUUUUACUACCUGUAUUCUCCAUUGCGUCUCUGGUGAUUUAUUUUGCAAAUUAUUUAACUGAUGCGAAAUGAAGCUAAUAAUCCUUGUUUUAUCUGCAUUCAGUUAAUAUUUUCACUCCAUCUAAACGCUACAUCUUUCAAGCGUGCUUUGUAGAGGCACUUCACAUAUGGGCAGUGAUUUUCGCAGAACAACCGUUGGUUAGAGAAAAAAUCGUCGUUGAAUGUGAUUCUUUUAUUUGCGGCCGUUUUUAGCCAAGAAUUUUGUGGUUUAUCACACUGAAAUUCUGCAAAAGGUAAGAUUCCUACAUAGAUUAUCGCUUGAAGUUAAAUAAAUACAGAAGUAGACUUGCCAAAUAAUAGUGUACAGAUAAAACUUAGCGGUUUUGAACUGUUCCUCUUCCUGGUUGAAUUAGGAGCUAUUCCUUCGCCCUAAAACUUACGAAUGAUACGGUAACGUUGGGUAAAAUUUAAACUAUUAUAAAAUCAAUUUAUUACGCCAUCGUAAUGAAAAAAGGAAUAUGGAAAAAAACCGACAUGACUCUUAGUUCAAAACGACCCUAAGCAAAAACGAUAUUCUCAUCGAAAAGGUUUUCAAGUUUUGCUAUUGCUUCUCAAAAAUGUGUUUGAAUUAGGGAAUAGAUUUUGUAUCGUUUUUCGGGAGACCACAGAAAUCUCCUGCUGCGUUUGAAAUGACUGGAAUACGUCGAAUUUUAUUUGUAAAAACAUGCACAGCUAUUUAAAAAACGCUAAGUGAAAAUAGUUCGACAACAGCUGCGAAAAUUGGACCCAAGCAAAAUAGCUCUUGAUAAAGUUCUAAUUUCCUAGACAAUGCGGAGACACAAUAUUUAGGGAAAUUUUCUUUUGCCCUUCUUAAGUGAAUCCCUAUCACAAAAAAGUAACAAGGUGGAGUAAUUGAUCAGCCAAUCACCGCGUCACAACGCAACGCUCUAAAAUAGCACAAAUCAACGUUUUAACACCGUAAGAACAGGAUAAGCUUGCUUUGAUUUCUAUAAUUACGUCGGAAAAUUUACCAUAUAUGGAAUUAUCUUCGACGGAAUCUGUUCACGUCUAUUUAAGGCGCUGAUGGUUGUUUCAGGACAAACAUAAUUAUGUAAUUCCAUCAAAUAACAGAUAGAUAAAUGAAUGUUAUAGUUUUGCUUCCUCUUGUUAUAUUUAGCUUUUGAAACAUCACGGAAAAUCCCGCAGGAGGGAAGAUGAAAAUAUGGAUACGUUUCUGCAGGGAUGGCUUAUACCCCUCCUAUUAAUGAAAUAUCAUGGAAACUGCAAUGAGAUAUCUCACUUUGACAGAACAGAGAUAGCCAAUGCCACGUUCAUUUUGGAUAGUAUCCUGGAAGAUAAUGAUUACGACAAAAACACCAGACCCCGAGUAGGACAGAAACCAGUUAUAGUGUAUCUCAGUAUGGCAAUUCAAUCUUUUACAAAUAUUAAGGAAUCUAAUAUGGAGUUCACAACAUCAAUGUUCUUGCGCCAAGAGUGGAAUGACAGAAGAUUAGCGCAUCAUGACAACGGCAUGUUACCUGUCCAAGGCAAAGAUGUGCAGAAAAUAUGGCGUCCAGACACUUACUUCACAAACAUGAACGACUAUAAGUUGUACGAGGACAAUCAACUGGCUCUGAUAUCAAGAUUUGGAUAUGUCUACUAUAGUUCAAGGUUGUUUGUUGCUGCGUCCUGUCGAAUGUAUUUACAAAAGUUUCCAAGGGAUGUUCAGAAGUGUAGCCUUAUCCUUGAAAGUUUUGCCUUCACUAGAGACAUGGUGGAAUACCGAUGGAAGUACCCCAAUCCAAUCAACAUCCUGGAUAUAGAAUUAGCAGAAUUUGAUUUGACCAGCACAGAAUACACUAGUGAAGAUGUUGAGUACGUUGCAGGUAAAUACCGUGACAUGAUCGUAACUUUCACAUUUAGUCGUCGGAUCGGUUAUUACCUCAUUAACUUCUACGUCCCAUGCAUCAUUAUGGUUAUUAUGAGCUGGAUCGUGUUCUGGAUGGAUCGAGCCAACAUCGGUGACCGAAUAGCGCUCGGAAUUACGACUGUGCUAACGAUUGUUUUCUUACUGAGUUCCAGUAACAGCACUAUGCCCCGAGUCAGUUACCCGAAGGCAAUCGACUGGUACCUGAUGACUUCGUUCAUCUUCGUCUUUACGACACUGAUCAUGUGUCUGUUGAUCUUCCGGUUUGAUAGACGUGUAAACAAACAGCAGUGCCCGCCGAGGUCGGUAAGCGGUGAACCACCAGCCGAAUCAACUUCCAUGCAGAUGCCCGAAGAGCCAGAGAUUCGGAGCCGUGUGUCAUACUUUGUGGCAGACUCUCGAGGAGCCGUGUAUCCCAUCGUUCACAGCGCUUCUGGCCUCAAGAAAAGAAGUCUCCUAUCGUUCUGUUUUCGCCAGAAGUUUUGCGGACUGUCGGCACGAGUUACCCGGGAAAACCUGGGAAUGAUUUUAAACAAUUUCUGUAGAUUUCUCUUCCCUUGUUCGUUUCUUUUCUUUAAUCUUGUGUACUGGGUGGUGAUAGCCAACUAAUGGAUGCUCGUGAUUAAUUUAAUGAGAUGGAAAUGAGACAGUGUGACCAUUUUGGAGUCUUCUAGGACAGUUAGGUCAACGAGUUAGGCCCAUGUUCUGCUUCUAAGGUGAAAAUCUCUCUCAGCGGUUACUCAUGAGAAGAUUUUUUGCUUUCUGUACAAGAGGAAAAGACACAACCCAAACAGAUUCGCUUCACCUCGUCUAUCUGGAGAGUGUUAUGUUUAGGGACGCUUAUUAUUUA